CGCGUGCCUCCUCCUUCUCCUCCUCCUGCGCGCGCGCGCUUUUUACCGGGAGAGGCUGGCACGCGGCUUCACGCCGCCUCCGGAUGCGGCCGUCGAGCAAGAAGGGGAGAGCGUGUGUGUGCGGCGCGCGGGACAGAGGACACGCCGCGGGUGCGGGGCCCGACGCCAGCCUUCUCCCCCCCCCCACCCACCCCACCCCCACCCACCCCAUCCAGAGUGACACAUGAUGCUGGUGGCCACGCCCCUCCUGCUCUUGCCCCUCCUCCGCCCGGUGGGCGGGGCCUAUUGCCCCGGCGGCUGCCGCUGCUACAGCCUGACCGUGGAGUGUGGGUCGGCCGGACUGGGGGGGCUCCCCCGGGGGGUCCCCACGCACACGCAGACGCUGUUCCUCCAGGACAAUCUGAUUGGCCAGAUUCGAACCGGCGACCUGCUCCUGCUCACACACCUCAACUACCUGUACCUGCAGAACAACAGCCUGUCGUCGGUGGAGCCCGGCUCGUUCCAGAGCCAGCGCCGCCUGCUGGAGCUGGCGCUCAACGCUAACCGGCUGCGCGCGCUGGGCGCCGACGUGUUCCGCGGCCUGGAGCAGCUGCGCGUCCUGUACCUGGCGGCCAACCGCCUGGCGCGGCUGCAGGACCACGCCUUCCGCGGCCUGCCGCGGCUGCAGGAGCUGCACCUGCAGCACAACGCGCUGGAGGCGGUGUCGGAGCGCGCCCUGCUGGGCCUGGGCUCGCUGGCGCUGCUGGACCUGAGCGCCAACGGCCUGCACACGCUGGGCGCCGCCGCGCUGCGCCCCCUGCUGGCCCUGCAGGUGCUGCGCAUCACGGACAACCCGUGGCGCUGCGACUGCGCCCUCCACUGGCUGCGCGCCUGGAUGGACGGGGCGGGCCGCCGCCUGCUGAGCCCGGCGGGCCGCCGCCUGCCGUGCGCCGAGCCGCCGCGGCUGUCCCGCCUGGGCCUGCUGGAGGUGCCCCCCAGCAGCCUGGUGUGCAUCCCCCCCCUGCUGCGGCUGGAGCCCCGCCGCCUGGCCGUGCGCCUGGGCGACGGCCUGCGGGUGUCCUGCCACGCCUCGGGGUACCCCCGGCCCCAGGUGACGUGGAGGAAGGCGUCGCCGUCGCCCCGCGGCCUGGUGCAGGAGGCCCCGCCCCCCCCCGCUCCUCCCCCUCCCCCUCUGGAGGAGGAGGAGGGGGCGUGGCCGGCGGGCGGGGCCCCGGAGGACGCCGACACGGGCAGCGGCAUGCUGUUCCUCAGCAACGUGACGGCGGCGCACGCCGGCUUCUACGAGUGCGAGGCGCGCAACGCCGGCGGCGCGGCGCGCCUCGCCUUCCACCUGGCCAUCAACUCCUCCUCCUCCUCCGCCUGGGCGGGCGGCCCCGCCCCCCCCCGCCGCCGCCGCCCGGCGCCGGACGUGAGCCGCGAGCCGCUGCACGCCGCCGGCAGCAUGGCCUUCGGCGCGCUGGGCGCCGCCGCGCAGGCCGCCGUGGCCGCCGGCAUCGCGCUGCUGGCGCUGACGGCGCUGCUGCUGCUCGCCAUGAUCUGCCGCCGCCGCCGAGACCCCGCCCCCAAGGAGGAGGCGGUCCUCUACGUCGACGACUACUCGGACGGCCCCGCCCCCUUCGGCCGGCUGGAGGAGUUCCACGAGAUGCUGGUGCUGGCGCCCCCCGCUGGAGGCGGGGGGGAGGAGGAGGAAGAGGAGGAGGAGGAGGAGGAGGAGGAGGGGCGAGUGACGGGGGAGGGGGGGGAGGCCCCGCCCACCGCCGCCGCCGCCGCCGCCGAGGCGGAGGCCGUCCUCCGCGGCCACUUCCUGGACUCACAGAUCGCCUACGAGAUCCACUGCUGACGCCCCGCCCCUUUUUUUUCCCCGCCCCCACUUCAAGCCCCGCCCCCCCCUUCAGGCCCCGCCCCCCCCCCGUCCUUCCGUUCUGUCCGAAGCACAAAACCGCCGUAAUAAAAAGUCCUGA